CACAAAAAAUACAGCUCUCUGCGCACUCGUCCAUUCGGCGACUAGUCGACGCAGCUGACGCCACCACGCGGCGGCGGCGCUUGUUCCCAUCGCCGCCACCGGCAUGGCCGAGGGCACCGACACGGUGCGCGCGCCCGGCGACGCGGAGGAGAUGGAGAAGGGAGAGAUCGCAGGCGCCGCCGCCGGUGCCGACGGCGACUCCGCCGCGCCCCAGCCGGUGGAGCCCACCUGGGCUUUCUGGAUCGGCAACGGCAACCCGCAGGAGGAGUCCGCCGGCCGGGGGAACACCGUCCACACCUUCUCCACCGUCGACGACUUCUUGAGCCUUUACAAUAAUAUCCUCCACCCUAGUAAAUUGGGUGUGGGAGCUGACCUCCAUUGCUUCAAGAAUAAGAUUGAGCCGAAAUGCGAAGGCCCCAUAUGUGCUAAUGGAGGUGCAUGGACCAUCAGUUGUGGCGAAGGGAAAUCGCAGCCAUUGUGGUUGGAUACACUACUGGCAUUGAUUGGUGGACAAUUCGAAUAUGGUAAUGAAAUUUGUGGAGCGGUCCUUAGCGUGUGUGGGAAGCAGGAAACAAUAGCUAUAUGGAUUAAAGAUGCUACUAACGAAGCUGCUCAGCUAAGCAUUGGCAAGCAGUGGAAGGAAUUUCUGGAGUACAAGGACUCAGUUGAGUUCAUUGUUCAUGAUAGUGAUGCAACGGCAGUACAAUGCUGGUCUUCCACGUUUCCCGAUGAUCCCCUUGACGUCAUCUACAACAAGGUCCCCAGUCACUGCAGCCGCGUGCGCUUUGCUGCCGUCUGCAGAUCGUGGUGCACUGCAGCUUCGCGGCACCCCGCGCUGCCUGAACUCCCGUGGCUGCUCCUCUCACCACGCGACCGUGACACAACGAAGCGCCUCUACUGUCCUGAGGACAGCAAGAUCCUGUGCAUCUCGCUCCCGAGCGAUUUCAUCGGCAACUGGUUCGUCGGCUGUCAUGGUGGUGGCUGGGUUGCAUCAUUCGAACCACCACCGUUCAGGAUCUUGAACAUUUUCUCCAGUGUUGAGGUUGCGCUCUCUGAGAAACAGAAGGGGAUCGUUUGCCCAGGCCGCCUUGGCCAGAUCAUCAUUUGGAAAAUCAUCUUCUCCAAACCACCCACCUCAAGUGACUGUAUCAUUGCUGCCAUCACCGACAAUCACGGCAUCGCGCUCUGCAGGGUUGGGUGUCCGAACGGUGGGUGGACAACAAAAGGACAUGUAAGCUACACCAUGGAGCUUGCAGACAUCGCCUUUUGCAACGGUAAGCUCUAUGGUCUCACACGGGACAGAUGGGAACUUGUCAAGUUUGAGAUCGGUGCUGAUGAAGAUGGUGCGCCCGUGGUCACAGCCGUUGAUCGGCUAGUGGUCACUGUCGAGCACCAGCAGCCCCCCAGUGUCUGGGCCAACCGGGUGGAUGCCAGCUACAUUUUUGAGCUACACGGCAAGCUUGCGACGGCGGUGAGGUCCCCAUGGUCACCCAACCUCAGACCUUUCUUCAAAGUGUUCGAACUUGUUGACAUCGACACCAGCGAGGGGAUGGCACAUGGCACACACAAAUGGACAGAGGUGAUGAGCUUGGGUGACUUUGCCCUAUUCCUGGGUCCAAACAGCUCCAAGGCGGUGCAUGUGUCAGCAGACAGGCGCGGCGGUGUGAAGAGAAACCACAUCUACUACUCCUACCAUCGCCGCUUAGCGCAGAAGGAGGUCCUUCUCAGCACUGACCUGGUGUUCCUGACAAGCUCCAACGCUGAUGGUGAUUCCGUGUACUACAGGGAAGAUGAAAGCUUAUCCGCAGCCGUGGGCGGGGUUCAUAGGAUUGGGGCAGUAGGAUACUAUGUCAGGGGUAGCCCUAAUCCUCCAGUGUGGCUUCUCCCCCUAGCAUAGUGGCUUUUUAUAUACAUUGUAUUGCUUAGCUGCUGCACAUGCCUGAAAAUUGUACCGUUAGCUGUAUAACCGUAAAUGCUCUAUGGUUUCAACCAUGUUGUAUUUAGAACGAAUGUACAGCAAUUAUAAUUAAUCUGUACUCAUGGAUAAGAAAAGAAGUAGUGAAUCUUCUAUAUUCUUUUCCCAGUUA